AUGGACUUCAAAAAGUCGGGCCCCUCUUCCCCAUCACAUCAUCCUGUCCCCCCCUCCGAUCCCUCCGCCUCCUCUUCCACCCCUUCCUCCUCCAAAUCAGGCUCCACCAAACCCAAAUCAGCACCCUCCUCCUCCGACACCAAACCCAAGGACGAAGACGCGGGCAUGACCGCAACGAUGCUCCACCCUCACCACCAACAGCACCUCAAUCAGCAACACCCCGGGGCAAGCUCGUCGGCGUCGGCGUCGGCCGCGAGGAGGUACCGCCCCGCCCCGGCGAAGACCUUCCAGUGCCGCGGCUAUGGCGAUUGCAGGAUGGUGUUCAGCCGCUCGGAGCAUCUGGCCAGGCAUAUACGAAAACACACCGGCGAGCGCCCCUUCACGUGCCACUGCGGCAAGCAGUUCUCCAGGCUCGACAACCUGCGCCAGCACGCGCAGACCGUGCACGCGGACAAGCAGGAGGAGAACGAGCGCAUGAUGCGCGAUCUGACGAGCCUGCACGCGACGAUGGCCGCCGCGAACAAGGCGAGCGGGGGGCGCAGGGGGGCGCGGGGCGGCGGCGGCGGGCUGGGUGCGGGCAUACUGGGAGCAGGGGUCGGUGGAGGAGGCGGGGGAGGAGCUGCGGCGCCGAUGAGCAUAGGCGGUGGGAUGGGCAUGGGGGGGCUGGGCAUGGGCAUGAUGAACGGCGUCGGCCCGCUCUCGCAAUCCCCGACGAACUCGGACUCUUCGCCGACCUCUCUCCUCCCGCCCUCCCUCCCAAACACGCACUCCAACGCCCUGUCAGAGCGCCGUGACAGCGACGACCUCGAUGCGUACUCGUCGUAUCACCAACACCCCUCGCAGCACGCACAGCACCACCUCCAGCACCAGGGACCGCAGCACCACCAGCACGAUCAGCACGAUCAGUAUAUGGCGCUGGACAUGGAUAUGGGCAUGGAGAUGGAGAUGGAGGGCAUGAACAUCGUGAAGCAGGAGCAGCAGGACCUCCGCGCCUCCCUGCACCCCCACCCCCACCACCCCCACUACUCACAUAAUCCGCACGCGCAGACGCACUCCCCGCACCCUACCGGCCCGGGCGUGAGCGGCGCGAGCACCUCGUCCAGCGCAGGCCCGGGAUCGAGCGGCAUCCUGUACCAGCCGCCCGCGUGGCACCCCAAUGCCCAAUCCUCCACACAUUCCCAGUCCUCUGCACAAUCGCAAUCACAAUCACAAUCGCAGACCCCGUCGAUAACGCCCUCUGCCACGCCCUCGCGGACAGCAGCGUCCCCGAUCCCGAUCCCGCUCUCGGCGGGGCUGGCGCAGUCGAUUCCGAAUACGCCGAUAUCGGGCGGGAUGGGCGUGGGCGUGGGGAUGGGCGGGAUGAUGGGCGGGGGGAGUAUGGGGAUGGACGAGCUGACGCCGUCGCCGACGCUGUCGGGGGGCAUGGCGGGCAUGGGCGGGAUGAUGGGCGGGGGCAUGAUGGGCAUGGGGUUCGUCGACGAACAUCACCCGCAUGCGGCCCAGGGACACCACUACGGCCAGCAUGCGGAGAGUGGGUACGCACGGGAUACCUAUGGCGGGGGGCGGGAAAGCGGGGGCGCGUAUGCGAGGGACGGGUAUGUGCGCGAUGGCGUGUAUGCUGGCCGGGAGGGCUACGCGCGCGAGGCGGGGUAUGGGCGCGAGGCGUAUCGGGAGCAGCAGCAGCAGCAGCAGUCCUUUCGGGAGUACCGCGGCAGCGUCGACGGCGGCUACCUCGCUGCGCCUGGCGCGGGUGCAGGAGGCGUAGGCGUAGGCGGGAUAUCGCCCUCGCCGACACCGACGCCGACACCGCACCACGCCCAACACCCACAGCACCCCCAGCACGCGCAUCAGCAGCAGCAUCAAACUCAGCAGCAUAACCACCAAUACGGCGGGCGCGCUUACACACACGAAGUCAACGGCUCGCAUGCGUCCUCGUCGUCGACCUCGCCGUCGACUACGCCUGGGCCUGCCCAUCCGUCUGCCGCCCUCUCCGCCACGUCCUUACCCCCGCCCCCCUCCUCCAACACCCCCUCGGCGCUCAGCGGCCCCGGCUCGUCCGCGCCCUCCACAACCGGCACGUUCACGCUCUCGCAGCGCCCCGGCUCGUCCGGGCUCUCCGCCUUCGGGCUCUCCUCGUCGACGUUCAGCAACUACACGCUCCCCGUCCCGCUCGGCGGGUUCGGGCUGAGCAACCUGGCCGGUGUGCCGGGCAUGGAUUUUAAGGAGGAGGAGGGGGACGAGGGCGUGGGGGUGAAGGAGGAAAGGCGAGAGAGCGAGGAGGAGGAGCGCGGUGCGGGCAGGGGUGUGGGUAUGGGUGGGGGUGGGGGUGUGAGGCGCGAGCGGCCGCAGAUGGCCAGGAGGACGUCCUCGAUUACGCGCGCCGGCCCUGGGGCGCCUGGUCGGCUGGGCGUGCGCGCGGGGAGCGAGGGCACCUCGAGCAGCUCGAUGUCGCCCCCCCAACGGCCCUCAGCGGCGUCCAACGCGUCCAACUCUAGCACCACGACGCAGUCCCAUACCGCACACUCGUCCUCCCCGCCACACUCGAGCUCCCAGCCCCCGGCGUCUUCCUCGUCGCUCGCAGCGCUCGGGUUAGGCGGAACCGCCUCGCGGCCUACUACUGCAGGCGGGACGGUCCUCCCGCCUCUUUCUGCCGUCUUUGGGGGUUUCAACACGCUGGGGCUCGGCGGCAGCGGCGGGUUUGGAUACGGGGGCUUCGGCGGGCUGGGGAGUGGUGGGUUGGGAAGCAGUAGUGGGUAUGGGGGGAUGGGGGGCAGUGGAUCGCGGCCGGGGACUGCGUCGCGGUACCUUGGCUUGGGGUCGUUGAGCGGCGGGCGGCCCGGCAGCUCUGGGCUGGGGCUGAGUGGGCUGGGGCUCGGAGGGCUGGGCGGGCUAGGCGGAGACGCGUACGACUCGAACCCGUUCUCGUUCAAUGCGCCGUCGACGUCGUCAAAUGGCAACGGGAGCUCGAGUAGUGCUGGCGGGGGCAGCCCGGGGAUCGGCCGGAAGCGCGCGCGCGAGGAGGAGUACCUCGGCGUCGGGUUCGCGAGUUUGGGCGGCGGCGGCGGCGGUGGCUUUGGCGGACGACCUGGGACAGGUGAGUAUGCGUUUGUGCUGCGUGUUUAG